CCUAGGUUGGGAAUAUAUGACCUUAUAAUUCCAUGUGAUGCUGGACUAAACACAUUUACAUACCUGAUGCCCUUGAAGUCACAGGUGUAAGCUACAGAUUACAGGUGAUAACAGGUGUUAAACAUGUCAGACGCUGACUUCUCAAACUGGAUGGGGAAUCUACCCGAGCGUCUGACCAAAGUACCCCUUGGUCACCUCGCUAUACCAGGUUCUCAUAAUUCGUUCACGUCUACUCUCGACUCCUCGCAAGGCGUGGCAGUGGACCAAUCAGAAUCGAUUCAGAACCUGGGUUCGUCUUGCUGCGGAGCUAUCACAAAAAUCAUCCAACGAUGGUCAGUCAAUCAAAGCAUGGCACUGUUUGAGCAGCUCACAGCAGGAAUACGGUAUUUCGAUUUACGAGUGUGCAAGAAACCCGACACAGAACAAUUCCAUUUCUUACAUGGACUUUAUGGAGACAAUGUCCAAACUGCACUUGGCACCAUAAGGUCGUUUUUCGAAACCAACCCAAAGGAAGUCGCCAUUUUGGACUUGAACCAUUUUUAUAACAUGGAGCCAUCAGAUCAUGAUCGGUUGCUAGGGGAGAUAGAGGACACAGUUGGUGGUUUGCUAGUUCCGGUCAAUGGUUACCAAUACAAACUAUGGAGUCUCACUCUCGCUAACAUCUGGAGCCACCCCGGUCGGAUUAUUCUGAUUUACCACAAUCCUUUUAAUGCAGCCACCUUUCCAAAGAUUUGGAACAAGAAUGUCAUCCAGUCACCCUGGCCCAACACGUCUAGUACAGAUUCUCUGAUUGAUUUCCUGGAGAGAAAUUACACCGAGAAAAAACGACCCCCGGAUAGUUUUCAUGUGUGGCAAGGUUGCCUUACACCGAGCACAGGAACAAUUGCCAUGCGACUGUGUGGCUCUCUGAAAUCUGUUCUAGCUCGCCCUUCCACGACCGCGUUUGUCAACUGGGUGAGGGAUAAAGCUCCAGGGGAAUACAGAAUUAAUAUCUGCCUUGUAGACUUUGUAGAAAUGGCAGAUUUUAUUCCCGUAGUCAUUGGCAUUAACGGUGAAAGUUCAGGGGCAUUUCGGGAACAGAUGACAGAGGAUAUAUUUGCCAAGGAAUAUGAGUGACUAAAUUGUGAAUUGAUGAUUUUGGAUUUAUUAAAAAAAUAAAUUCCUCUACCAAGUGACCUAACUUUACUAAAAAAGGGUAACCGCAUUUAACACCAGACGCUUUGAUAAACCAGACUAUCAUUCUUCAGAUGGAAUGUGCAGAGGCUCAGAGCAAGAGGCCAAGUUUUCGAUAGUCUGAAUAUUGACAUAACAGCGAAUUUUUUAUGGCCCAAAGGGUCAUGGAUUCCAGAGAUUUACAAGAGAGUUGUCAGUAGGGUAGAAGCACAUCGACCCAUGAUACGUGAACGGCUUUGAGCGACUGCUUUGUGAACGUUGAUAAGACAAUGUCUUGAUGAAUUCUGAAAUUCCAUUUGCUCUUAACUGGCAUUCAAAUGGUACAUCCCAAUCUACGUUAAUGUAGUGCAGCACGGCUUCUAGUCAUACCUCGGAUGUCACCAUUGAAUUGGUCAUGUGGAAAAGGCCGACAACGAACCAUAAAGUGAUUUUAGUGGUCCUAGUGUAAAUAACGUUCAAGUACAAACUUUAAGUUGCUGCAUUAUUUUAAAACCAGAAGAUACAAGUAUGUAAAUACUAAAUACAUUGUGUUCAAUAUCAAUCAUGCGCUUCCUCUGUUAAAGAGGAUCGUCAGCAGAAGCACCUUUAAGGCUUAGAUGCUCAAAUACACAGUUACUUUAAUUACGUGUUAUCGCCGCGCAGUGUGAUUGAUGAUCAGAAGUCAGUGGAUAAGUUGCAUCACCUUAUCUUAAGACCCUUUCUGUAUUUCAUCCUUAGGGAUCAAGCAUGUCCCAGAACUCCAACCAGGAGAAAUAUUAAGCGAGAAUUAUGACUAUAACAAUACGUUUUCUGUAAUGAAAGUCUAACCAAAACACAUGUUCCAACAAAUUAUUUAUUGGUUUAAAUUCAAAGAUAAAACAACAUUAAAAUACAUGACAAACUCAAAUUUGUUGGUUACUUCGAAUUCCUUCAGUAAGCGUUUAAAACUGUUUUUAAAAAAUCUCUUCCGCGUUGGCAAAGGUCCAAACCGCAACAUCUGAAACAAUACCCGCGACUACAUUCUUGUCACAUACGUUAUUUGAUUAACAUGGGCAUACCUAUCCUGGAUUAUGUAACAGAUUAAAGCAGACAUCCAUCACAUGGGCAUACUUCCUAGACAAUCUGUGGCCUUUGGAAAUAGCAAUGUUUGUGUGACGUAACACAAGUUGCAGGUCACUUUGAAUUAGUUUAUUUACGCCAAUUUGAACAUGAUUUCGGUCAUAUCCGUCAAGAUCCGAGUUAGAUUUGGUGUUCAGCUAUCCAUGCUUGUCGUAAGAGGCGACUGACAGGAUCGGGUGGUCAGACUCGCUCGAUGAAACAUAUCGGAUCCCAGUAUAUUGUUCCGGUGAAUGUUGUCAUCGUAAAUUGAAAGAAGCGUUCGUAUAAUAUGUGUCAGUGUUGCGAUUUGUAAGGCUCACUCGUGUGAGCGUCGCUCAGUGUCAACACGUUCCUCGGUUGGAGUCUGAAAAUCGUUUCGUAACAGUGAAACACAUUAUUUGACGUCAGCUUUUUACAGGUCUUUUAUACGAUGAGAUUAUUCCAAUAUUUAUUUUAAUGCAUUUAUGUGUCUUUGUGUUUAUUUGUCUU